CAGAGAGUCACUGAAGAAAGCCUGAAGAGUCCUCAUCCUCUUUCUCUACUUCUCUUUUCUCAAGGACAUCAGCUAGACCUAACUAUAGGAGGUAGGAUCAAACCAUAGGUAGCAUGAGAUACUGUGAUCAGACUUUAGGGAACACUGUUUGCUAACAAGGUAACCAGGGGAGGAGAGCAAUAAUAGCCUGUGUUGCCAGUCUUAAAAAGAGGGGAGAUGGGGAAAUGAAUGAAUGACCUCUGGGGCCCCUACCAUGGCUUAAAGGUGGCUGGUGGGGGUCUUAGAGGACCUAUUAUGAAUGACAGCUGAUGAUUACAGGAAUCUCUAAAACAUCAGCUUGAGCAUGUUAUAGCUGGUGACUCAUGGUUUCUGUCAAUGUUCCAUAUAUCCCAUGCUAUUUUAUGCCUUUUCACCCUUGUUCAUGCUCUCCGCCACCCCGAACAUUCUCUUCUCUCCUACCGUGCCCUCCUUGAACCCCAUACCCUUCACCUGGCUAACUCCAACACAUUUUCUGAAUCUAGCUCAAGUGCCACAUCCUCAAGGCAGCAUUUCUUGUUUUCCUUUAUUCCCUUCUGUCAUCCUACUUAUUGAUUAUAUUAACAUGGGAAGAAUAGGCCUCUAGCUCUUCCUGACUAGAAAUGUCCCAAGCACACAGAUCCUUUCUCAUUCACCAAAAUGAACUUGAAUGCCUCGCAUAUGUCAGGUGGUCAGGAAAUAUUUGUGGAACUGAAGAGCCAGAUCCAAAGUCAUAUCACCUUGUCUAGGUACUUAACCCCCCUAGACUUAGGUUUCUUACAUGUGAAGUUGAGAGCUGAAUAUACUAACCCUAAGGGAGGGAGUCUUAGUCCCAUAGCCCAUCUAACACCAGUCUUCCUUCCAUCCCUACAGCAUAUGUAAGGUCUUUUUUAUUUUUAGCUCUUAAAUCCCAAGAUUUUGAAAUAUAAUGCAAUCCUGUUAUUAAUAAUGAUGGCAGGGUUAGAUGAAUGGCACAUUAUAAAGUUUGUUUGAAACAUUAUGUUAUGUUAUAUAUGUUAUGUGUUAGAAGAUACUCAGGAAUUGGUUUUAUUUGCUCAGCAGGACAUCCAAAUCUAUGGGAUAACGGGUUACCUGGUAAGAGUUUCAGGACUCUAGCAAGUUUAGUGCUGACUUUGCUGACUUAGAACUAGAACUGCAAACAUUUCUUCUUUUCUAGAGAAGGAUCAGAGUGGAGGUAGAGCACCGGGUGGAGACAUGUAAGGGGUAUAUGUGGGCUUAGUCUGGAAGUGUAGAUGUCCAUCAGGUGAUUGGAGGGAGGGAGAGAGAGAGAGAGAGAGAGAGAUUGCUGAGACACGGAAGAGUGAGUGUGCAUGGCAAAAGGAUCUGCAGACAGACCCCAAUGGCUGGGGCAGAGGCACAGAUAGGCCCCGAUGGCUGAGGCAGGGGCGCAGGUAGACCCCAAUGGCUGAGGCAGAGGCACAGGUAGACCCCGAUGGCUGGGGCAGAGGCACAGAUAGGCCCCAAUGGCUGAGGCAGAGGCGCAGGUAGGCCCCGAUAGCUGGGGCAGAGGUGCAGGUAGGCCCCGAUGGCUGAGGCAGGGGCGCAGGUAGACCCCGAUGGCUGAGACAGAGGCACAGGUAGACCCCGAUGGCUGGGGCAGAGGUGCACUGGAAAGGUAGCCAGUUUUGGGGUUCUCAGAGGUAGGCUGAGUGAGAUAAUUGAGGAACGUAUAGUCUAGAGUUCAGGUUUUAUUCCACAGAGGAUGGGAAAUUAUAGGGGUCUUUAAUCAUCGAAAAGGAUGAAAAAAAUGCUAAAUCCUCUUUUUAGAAAGUUCACUUUGACAGGAAAAGAGAGAAUGGAUUGAAGCCUGGAGGCAGGAAGUUGAUUCCUUCUUUCUUUGUACUCACCCAGCUACCCACUGUCUUUCCAUCUGUCUAUCUUUCUAUCCACCCGGCAAACAAACGCGAUUGAAUGCCUGCUUCUGAGAAUGAGCUUGACAGUCAGAUAGGCCUGUGUUUGAAAGUUUGAAAUCCUGCCCUGCCUCCCAUCCAUCUGUGUGACUUUGGGUGAAUUAAUCUGUCAAGAAUCCAAAUGUAUCACCUGAAAAAUGGGACUAAUGAUACUAUUUGUUGCAACUUCAUGGGUUUGUUGGGGGGAUUAAACAAAAUGAUAUUUAAUAAGUACUCGGUGCUGUACCAGGAGCUCAUGAACACUCAAUAAUGUUUAGCUAUUUUCAUGAAUAUUAGCAGGUUGAAGGUACAGAUUUGGGAGCCAUCUUGAUAUUCGGGAUUGGUAAAGCCAAGGGUGUGAAGACUGUCAGUAGGAUGGGAUUCAGUUCAGUGGAACACAUGCCACUUACAGAGCCCUGCUGGGCCGUGUGGGGUGUGCAGAGGGCUGAGCCUCCAGGAGUUUGUAGGUCCUUCAUACCAGGCUAUGUGCAUUCAGUGCUUUAGUCAGCUCCAAGGUGGAGAUUUACAAAAGCUUUUUGGAGCAAGUGGGAUUUGAGAUGGGUCUUGAAGAAUGAACAGGAAAAAAAAAAAAAGGAAUGAGCAGGACUCCAGCAGGGAGAUGUGGAGGAAAAGAAAAAGAAUGAGCAGGACUCCAGCAGGGAGAUGUGGAGGAAAAGAAAAAGAAUGAGCAGGACUCCAGCAGCAAGAUGCGGAGGGCAAGGGCUCUUUAGGCUCAAGUAGUGAGUCAUAUGGGAGUUUGGAGUCAGGAGAAAGAGCAUGUAUAUUAAGGGAAUUGGGGGAAAGUGUAUAGGUGUGGAAUAUGCAAGCUCUUUAAGAGUAUAUAAGGAGAGAAAAAGCAUAGAGUUGUCAUUUACUUUUAGCAGAGAACCUUAGAUUCCAUUUUGAGGAUUUGGGACUUUAAUGUGGGAGCUGGUAGAGCACAGUGAGAUGUUGGGCUUGUAUUUAGAAAGAUUAAUGACACAGCUGUGAGUGAGUAGGAAGAGGAAAAGGAGGCAGAGAAGACCACUCAACCGGCUAUUUAUUGGAAGAAGCACUGCCAGUAACUCCAACCGCAGCACGCCGGCCUGCUCGCCCAUCCUCCGGAAGCGGUCUCGCUCGCCAACCCCGCAGAACCAGGACAGAGACACCAUGGUGGAGAAGGGCUCAGAUCACUCCUCGGACAAGUCCCCGUCCACACCGGAGCAGGGCGUGCAGCGCAGCUGCUCCUCCCAGUCCGGCCGGAGCGGCGGCAAGAAUUCCAAGUCUCACAAGCGCCUCUCAAAAUAUGACAGACUAAACCUGAUCAAAAAAAGCCAGAGUUGGUAUAAUGUGUUAAGCCCCACCUACAAGCAGAGAAAUGAAGACUUCAGAAAGCUCUUUAAGCAGCUUCCAGACACGGAGCGCCUCAUUGUUGAUUACUCAUGUGCACUCCAAAGAGACAUUCUCCUUCAGGGCCGACUCUACCUCUCUGAGAAUUGGAUCUGCUUCUACAGCAACAUCUUCCGCUGGGAAACUCUGCUGACAGUCCGUUUGAAAGACAUCUGUUCCAUGACUAAAGAAAAAACAGCGCGCCUCAUUCCCAAUGCCAUCCAAGUUUGCACUGAUUCAGAAAAGCACUUCUUCACUUCAUUUGGGGCCCGGGAUAGGACAUAUAUGAUGAUGUUCCGGCUCUGGCAGAAUGCUCUCCUUGAAAAGCCUCUGUGUCCCAAGGAGCUCUGGCACUUUGUUCACCAGUGCUAUGGGAACGAAUUGGGCCUGACCAGUGAUGACGAGGACUACGUGCCCCCUGAUGACGACUUCAACACAAUGGGAUACUGUGAAGAGAUUCCUGUGGAAGAGAAUGAAGUGAAUGACAGCUCAUCCAAGAGCAGCAUAGAGACCAAGCCAGAUGCCAGUCCACAGCUGCCCAAGAAAUCCAUCACCAACAGCACACUGACAUCCACAGGGAGCAGUGAGGCCCCCGUCUCGUUUGAUGGGCUGCCCCUGGAGGAGGAGGCGCUAGAGGGAGACGGGUCCCUGGAGAAGGAGCUUGCCAUUGACAACAUCAUGGGGGAGAAGAUUGAGAUGAUCGCUCCUGUGAACUCCCCUUCACUGGACUUCAAUGACAAUGAGGACAUCCCCACUGAGCUCAGUGACUCUUCCGACACACACGAUGAAGGGGAGGUCCAGGCCUUCUAUGAGGACCUGAGUGGCCGGCAGUACGUGAAUGAAGUCUUCAACUUCAGCGUGGACAAGCUCUAUGACCUCCUCUUCACCAACUCGCCCUUCCAGCGGGAUUUCAUGGAGCAGCGGCGCUUCUCUGAUAUCAUCUUCCAUCCAUGGAAAAAGGAGGAGAACGGAAACCAGAGCCGAGUGAUUCUUUACACUAUCACCCUUACCAACCCUCUGGCUCCCAAAACUGCCACUGUCAGGGAGACACAGACCAUGUACAAGGCGAGCCAGGAGAGUGAAUGUUACGUGAUAGAUGCCGAAGUCCUCACCCACGACGUACCCUACCAUGACUACUUCUACACAAUCAAUCGCUACACGCUCACCCGCGUGGCUCGGAACAAGAGCCGACUCAGGGUCUCCACAGAGCUGCGCUAUCGAAAACAGCCCUGGGGGUUAGUGAAAACUUUCAUCGAGAAGAACUUCUGGAGUGGGCUGGAGGACUACUUCCGCCAUUUAGAGAGCGAGCUGGCCAAAACGGAGAGCACUUAUUUGGCUGAGAUGCACAGACAAUCUCCCAAAGAGAAGGCCAGCAAGACUACGACGGUGCGGAGGAGGAAGCGUCCCCAUGCCCACCUGCGAGUCCCUCACCUGGAAGAGGUGAUGAGCCCGGUCACCACGCCCACAGAUGAGGAUGUGGGCCACAGGAUCAAACAUGUGGCAGGUUCCACGCAGACGCGGCAUAUCCCCGAGGACACCCCCAACGGUUUCCACCUGCAGAGCGUGUCCAAGCUGCUGCUGGUUAUCAGCUGUGUGAUCUGUUUCAGUCUGGUGCUGCUGGUCAUCCUUAACAUGAUGCUCUUCUACAAACUCUGGAUGCUGGAAUACACCACGCAGACCCUCACUGCCUGGCAGGGUCUAAGGCUCCAAGAAAGGUUACCCCAGUCUCAGACAGAAUGGGCCCAGCUCUUAGAGUCCCAACAAAAGUACCACGAUACUGAGCUCCAAAAAUGGAGGGAGAUCAUCAAAUCCUCAGUGAUGCUCCUUGACCAGAUGAAGGACUCGCUCAUCAACCUUCAGAACGGCAUCAGGUCCCGCGACUACACGUCGGAAAGUGAAGAAAAGAGGAAUCGCUAUCAUUGACAAGGCAGGAACAGGGUGGCUGCAAGAGGCCUGUGCAAUACAUGUACAUAGACCGUAUAAAUAUAUAUAUAUAAAUAUAUAUAUAUACAGAAUAUAAAUAUAUAUAUUAUAUACAGAUUUUAAAAAAGAGAUAAUGCCUAUGUACCAGGGAGAAGGAGCGGGCCCUCCCGCCCCCUGUGCUGGCCGGAGCAGCGUUUUCCUAUGGUGGAGCAGCUGAGGAGGGCAGGAACCGCCUCUCAGCACCGACCUCCCCUGAUCUCCCUCCUCCCACCCUCUGUUCCCCACCCCUUCCCUUGCUGGCCAUUCUUGGCUUUUAGAAGGGAAAUGUUGAGCCAAAGUUAUGCCUGUGAAGACCCUAGGGUCUCAAAAAGAAGUCUCAAGACGGCAUUGCUUAAGGUGCUUCGUUCCCUAAUCCCCUUUUGAUUUGUUUCCAAAAUAAAAGAGAAUCUUUUCUUCCCUACCCCAGGCUUCCCCAGGCAUUCUCUUGGGAACACAGAAGCAUCAAGGGAGCCCAGUCUAAACUCUUAGGGUUGGCCACCCACUUGCUCUGGACCGUACUGAGCGUCAGAUGGAGAGGAUGUCUGGAAAGCUGCAUUGUGGGGUGGCAGGCUCCCGAGACUCGUGUUCUGAAGCAUACUCUCCUCCAUCACCCCUGCACCUUCCUCCGACCUGUGUAGGGUGUGGACCCAGUAAGGGCUGGGAAUUUCUUACUUUCCCACCCGCUUUCUCUCUGGUCUUCUCCCAGGCUGGAUCUGGGUGAAGUGUCACUUUUUAGUGCCUAAAGUCCUAUUGUUUCUCUGUGCCCUAAGAGCACAUUGUUUAUUAGCCAGGGUGGAGCAUUUUCGACCUUAUUAAACCUCUUUUAGUGCUUCUAAGCAAGUCAGGUCUGUGGCUCUGAGGCCUUCACUUAGAGCUGUCCGUGUGAUUUCCAGGAUGAGUCAGGGUGUGCUGGGCCCUCCAGGAUUUGAGAGAAGGAGAGAAGGCCCUUGCCACAUCCGGGGUGCAGGGUCUACCCACAGAACACUGUGAGUGGUGAGCACCAAGAUGGGUUGCCGGCAUCAUUUGCUCUUAGAACGAACCAACAUUAGCCGAUGGAGACAACUGUCUGAGACAGUUUGCACAUAGAAAAAGCAUCUAGGCCAUUGGAGGGAAGGAUUCGGCAAAGGUGCAUGUGUUUGGGCAGGAAGAGGCCAAGUGAAAUAUGCCCUAAGGGAGCCAUUCCAAAUCCUGAGUUUCUCAGACUUGGGAAUGGGGGUUCUGGCGGGGGAUGGAGUACAAAUCCUGCUCUGGUCUCUGGCCCCACAGAGGUGUAAGAUCAUUAAGGAGUAGAAGGCACUAGCUUCAAAGAGUGAGACAUUCAGGGCCUUUUCAGUAUUGGCCCACUAGCACCAUGCAUUUAUCUGAAUUCACGGGGCCCUCUGGGCACAUUCAUCAUCCCUCAUACACUAACUACUGUUUCUUCAUGUAAUGACCAAAAGAGUCCCACCAGCUCCAGGCAGAGCUUGUGGAGAUUCAUGAAAGAGUCACAGCCAAUUUGGCACGCAGAGCUCUUCAGUCUUGCUUGUUCUUCUCCUGGGCUUCUUGACGCAGGGGCAGAAGGAACCCCAGAUGUCCCAGAUGUCCCAGAUGUCCCAGAACAUCAGCCCAAAAGACAGAAGAUUUUAUCACUCAUCUACCCCAAAGAUAAAGUUGCAUUUUUCUCUUAGAAUGGCCUUUAAUUCCCUGUGGCAAUUACAGUUUUUGACUUUUCUAUGUGAGAAUAAGGCCUUGGUAUUUCCCUAAGGGCAGGAUCAGAAAACAGGAAGGUCCAUGCCCAGGUCAUCCUCCAAGGGAGGAGGGUGAGGAGGCUCUAGGUCGUCAGCUAGAGUGGAUAUUCCUCCCCUAGAAGAGGAGAUGGGAGGAAAUGCAGUUUCACGUAAUCCCUGUGAAGAGUGCCUAUGCUCACAGCCCAGUGGGUCCUUGUUCAGUUCUUGUCCAGGACUUUGGGUGAGGGACACUGGUAGGGAUCAAGGCUCAUGGGCUCUGAGCCAAAGAAGGAGGCAUGGUGCAGACUGCUGGAAAUCUCCCCCUUGGCACAGCCAGAAGCCAAAACUAUUCCCAGAAAGUUUUGAAUGCAAAAACUGUAGAUUCCUGAAUUUAUUCCAUACAUAAUUAUUUCCUUAAGUUAUUUAAUUAUUAAAGGUGCCAUGGUGGGACCUUUGGGAUGACUUAAAAAGGGUUCUUUGUUGGGAGUCAAGUGACAGAGCAGACCUGGCUGCAGGGAGUUGUUCCUGCUUCUGCUUUACCUCUCAGGACCAUUCCCAGGAGGAAAAGGUGGCAGAGAGGGUAGUACUGAGUAUGUUAGAAGAACCUUCCUGGUUUUUUAGUGAUUUGAACCCACUAGACAAUGUGUGCACGUAGGGAAAGUCCUUUAAGAAUCAUGGAUCUCUUGUAGGCUUUCUGUGUUACAAUAAUUUUUUGACUAUCAUACCAGGAGAAAACCAACAACUCUAUUCAUUCCCAGACAAAAUCUCUUCCCCCUCAGUCAAUAGCUUAUGAAAGAGAUCUUAACUCACCCUUGCAGAUAAGUCUGGGAGUGAAACAAAUAAAUAGCAUUGUAUUCCUGGCCAUUUGCCUGGCUAGUUGCUGUCUACAAGGGAGCAUCAAAACAUCACUACUUCUUAUGUAUCUUCCAGCCAGUGCUUUUUUUGUUUGUUUUAGUUUACUGGGGACACACAGGAGUCUUUCUGUAAUGACUUAUGUGGUAAAAUGUUUGAGAGUUUGCACUCAAUUUUAAAGAAUUUGCAGUUUCUAACAAGGUGAAGAACAGCUAUAGGAUCUAAAGUUCCAUUACAGCUUACUGUGAAAGAAUUGACAAGACUGGCCUCAGACAAGCUAAUCAUGGGGGCGACUCUCUCCCUUCCUCAUCCACCUCUUUGGGGACAAGAGGAUUACAUCUCAGGCCAGCAAGAGCAGCUGCUUGAAGCUCUGUAUAAGAGCACUGCACUGAUGGUUUGGAGACCUGGGCCUGGGUCCUGACUUUUCCAUUGACUAAGCUCUGUGGCCUUGGGCAAGUCAUUCCGCCUCUCUGAGCUUCAGUAUCCUCCUGUCACAGGAGGGAGUUGGGCUAGAUCAUCUUUAAGGUAGGUUCUAGCUUUGACAUCAUCUUGGGGGUUAGGCCAGAGGCUGGGAAGACAGGAUGGACUUUCUCAGUUGCUCUGCCAGGAGGGAACAAGCCCAGAGGCUGAAGCUUCCCAGUAUUUAGAGGUGUGGUAGGGCAGUGUCUGCAUUCCCAGGAGACCCAGGGUGGCUAAAAUUUAUUCUUUAGGUGGCUAGGAGGGCUAGGGAGGCCCAGUGGAAGAGAGAGAGAGAGAGAGAGAGAGAGAGAGACAGACAGAUCGAGCUGAUGUAUUGCUCAGUAUUCACCUAGAAGGGUUUCUUCCUUCCUUGGCCUAGUUUGUGAAGGGAUCUUCCUUUGGACUUUCUCUAAGUUGGGAGAAGAACAUUCUUUUCAAUGGAGCUCAUCUUCUAUCUCUAGGCGCUGUGAAGCCUUUCAUCUGUCCAUCCUUCCUCCUUAUUGGUAGAAGAAACAGUGGAGAGUAGUCACUUCUGGUUCUAGCACUUCUCUUUUGUUUAGAUAGGGUUUGGAUUUAGUAUGAAGCUUUGGCUAAAACCCUUGGGUUUGCCUUAGAGCACUGACACUAAGAACCUGGAAUGACAUGAGGAGGACAAAGAGAGCUCAAGAGGAAUGCUUUGUGAGAAGUAGAUUCUCUCCCUGCUCCCCACCCAAACUUGAACUAUACCUAUUACAUUUCCAGGCAGCAUCCCUAGGAUGAGGUCCUGGAGAAAAGACUAGGGGAAGUAUCUUUCUGGAUGCUUGUGGUCCCAGAAGGGUACUUUCUGUGCCAUACCAUGCCACUUCUUUAAGCUCUGCAGGGCAGCCAAAGCCAGCCCUUUUCUCUUACUGCUCCCAGGAGAAAUAGCACUCUUCUUCAUUCCCCCAGAUGGCAGGGCUCUGGUCUCCCUACACCUCAUACCCUGCCUGCCUCCUCCAGGAGGAAUCUCUGGGGCCCCUUUCUGACUCUCCCCACCCUCACCACUUGUCUCUAGGCUAUGAGACAAUCAUCCCAUUCACCACUUGACAUCCUUGACUUUCAUUCCCCCAACCUCCAGCAGGUUGGCCCCAAUCCCCUUCACCUCUGUGUUUUCUUCCAGAAGAUGCAUUUUGGGUCUGAGAGGAGCAUUUUCCUGGAAGGCCAUCUUUUAAGGCCCCUGCUUGCUGUCAUAGUGCGGAGCAGGAAUUUGCACACUGUUUAGAGAGCUCCCUUCCCACCUCUCUGCCCAGCCUUGUUACCUCACUUCUGCUCUGGCCAUGGCUGUGAAGGGUCCAGCCAGCUCCCUGUUUUGAUGUUCUGUGCAAUGGCUCUGGGGUCUUGUGACUGGAGAUCCUCAGCAGGCCCUGGAGCUGGGACUGGAGUCUUGGCAGCUGAUGAGCAGCACCUUGCUGGCCAGGAGGAGCUGAUGCUGGACGAUCUCCCCAACAUCUGAAGGCUUAAAGAACAUCGUCAUUCUUCAGCCCUCCUUGCUUCUCUCAAUACAAUAAGACACUGCAGAAGCAAAAGGGUGGCCUCUGCUCCAGGCAAGGCAGCUGGCUCUGUCUGGGGCGUCGGCCUGGGGCUUGGGUGCCACGUGCUGAGAUUGCAUAGUCAAAACAGCCAUUUUUGCCAACAAUAGCUUGUGGCUCCUCACAUUUUCCUACCCUGCACACAAGGGCCAGACCACUCUCUGCAUGGACCAGACCAUCUUCCCAAACCCAUGGUGCUUUUUCCCCAACUCAACCUAGACUUCAAGGUGAGGAGGGAUGGGUCAGAGGCCAUAGUGGCCCCUGGAUAAUCCUGACAUGGGGUGGAGUGGGGUGGGGUGGAGUGGGGUGAGGCAGAGGGAGCAGCCCCAACACCUGCACUGGGCCAUCUAUGGGAAAGAACACGGGUCGAGUGCAGUCGAGUUGUCUGGCCACCUGUAUUUGGAUCUAUAACUGUACUUUGCCUGGCGCUGUGCGCAAGGUCAGAAAACUUACUGCUAGUACCUAGAAACACACAAGGCUGCCCAGCCAAAUCUUAAUGUAAAGUAGCUAGAGCCAUGGAAGUACAGUAUGAAUUAAAAAGAAAAAAGUAUUGAACUACA